AGAAAGAGCGAGCGAGAAGGAGAUAGAGAGAAAGCUCAUUCACAGCUGUUUGUCGGCUCGUACAGACAAGAAAACUCAAAGCACCGGACUCUGGUCGGUUUAUAUAAUUUUUUUUGUGAAGACUAUAAAAUAAUUAUUAACUGCACCUAGCUGCUUCGUCACCAUGUUGCUACCGCAUUUAUCCCCGUGAUACACCGGCCACAGACGUUGCAGGUCGGCGGGGCUGGUUACCGCGCUGCUGCACGGGCACAGAUGCCACGAGUCCUGAAGAGCGCGAGGGCCAUCAGAUAACCGGCUUGUUACCGACGAGUCAUCUGUUUUGUCGCCUGUGAUUUGGGAUUCUAUGUCGGAUUAAAAGUGUCGAAGCUCCGUAUCCACGCUUACUGAGGUUGUAUGACCCCCCCCCCCCCCCCCCCCCCCACAAUAAUUUAAACAACUGCGCGUUUGACGGGCAGGUGUCCGUUUGUCUGUGGAGAGCCAGUCACGGACAACCCCGGUCUGCGAGGAUCAUACCACGCGGACGGGCGCGCUGUGAGACGCGGCGGCGCUGUCCACCUGGAAUACCUGAAGCACGCGCGCACGCUCCCUCGGCAGAGGAACCAACUCGUGUUGCACUGUUGAACGUUCCUAGGUUUGCUGUAUUUUUUGUGUUGCUUUUAGUAACGACAGAUGCUUUUUGAGAUAACAGCCAUUGUCCGUUAGAUGUGCUGCCUGUCAGGACCUCGCGGCUACCUGCUGUCGUUACCCCGGAGGAGGCUCUCUGCGGAGCAACGAUGCGCGCGGUAGAUUUUCUAAAGGGAACAGAAUGACAUUUGGCUGACGCUCAUCCUGGACCAAAUUAGAGUCGUUUGGGAUUUAAGGUUGUUUUACAUUUAUUUAUUUCCUAAUAUAUUUGCGCAAAGAAGCCGCACUACUCCUGUCUGACGGCACCGGGAUUGUGGUCGGUUCGGCUCGCCCGCGGGGGAGAUGGCUGCAAUCGCCAGCUCCCUGAUCCGUCAGAAACGCCAGGCGCGAGAGUCGAACAGUGACAGAGUCUCCACUUCUAAACGGCGCCCGAGCCCCAGCAAGGACCCGCGCUCCAUAUGUGAGCGCCAUUUCUUAGGGGUCUUCAGCAAAGUCCGUUUCUGCAGUGGGAAGAAAAGACCCGUUCGGCGGCGACCAGACGCGCCCUCCAGCGCUCCCCUGGUCCCCCGUAAGGGCUGCAGGCUAGAGCCUCAGCUGAAGGGUAUAGUCACCAGACUGUUCAGCCAGCAGGGAUAUUACCUCCAGAUGCAGGCAGACGGGACCAUCGAUGGCAGCAAGGACGAUAACACAGACACCACUAUGUUUAACCUGAUCCCCGUGGGGCUGAGAGUGGUGGCCAUCCAGGGUGUGAAGGCAGGACUCUACAUCGGCAUGAACGGAGAGGGCUUCCUCUACAGCUCAGUAAGACUCUGGACCCUCUGCCUGUGUGUGUGUGUGUGUGUGUGGUAUGGACAUCUCAGCAGAGGUGCAGUGGUUCAGAUCUCACCCCUGAUGGGUACAUCUCAGCAGAGGUGCAGUGGUUCAGAUCUCACCCCUGAUGGGUACAUCUCAGCAGAGGUGCAGUGGUUCAGAUCUCACCCCUGA